AUGUAUGAGCUCGAUAAGACUUGGAGAAUCGAAGAAGCUAAAAUCGAAUUAUUAUCCACUGAUUUUUAUGAUUCGAUAUCAGCAUCAUUAAAAGAAGGAUUAACUGCAUUAUCAAAUUGCACAAUUUCUGAAAUUAUUUGUUUGGGGCUAGGUAGAAUUGGUGAGUGUCUCAUACCGCGAUUUCAAUUUGCAUUAUUACUAUGUCUUUAUGAUAUUUACAAAGUGAAAAUAUCAGUAUUUGAUCCAGUAUUUACCGAUGAAGAAAAAUGCAUCCUUAAGCAUUUUAAUUGCAAUAUUUUAACAGAAAAUUUGGAGGGUAAAUACAAAGUUAAAGACAAAUAUAUUUUAUUCUACCUACCUCAUUGCCCAAAGCAACUUACAAACAACCUACUUUGGGCAAACUGGGGUUUAAAUUUAACCUAUUGUGUUAUAAUAUCCAAUAGUUUUAACACAAUCAUUGAAAAUACGUCGAAACGCGAAUUGCGAGAAUCUGGCCAAUACAUUUCUAACAUUAUUCCAUACACAUUAGAAUUAGCCAUUAUUAACAGUUUUAAGUAUUAUGAAGUAUUCAAUGAUCUUGCAAUCCAUAUAUUCCCAUUUGAAAAAUUAAAUAUAAUUUCGGAUGAUAUUUGGAAUUUCACAAACGAACCAAAAUAUUCAGACGCAGACAUAGAAUUCAUUCGAAAUUGCGUGGAAGAGAACUUAAAAUUAACUUAAUUUUUCGUUUGAUCAACUCUUAU